AUGCCACAUUCCGACACUGCAUCUCGUGUUCAAGCCCUUACUUUACAAGCCCUCGGGUGGAAAAAUGAAGAUAUUGAGAAGCUGACUGGCAUUAAAGCGAGGGCCCUCAACAAGCUACUUGACCGUGCUAUCGAACGUGGAUUUGAGCCUAGCAAACUCCGGAUCCAAGAUUCAUAUGUUGCGAAUUCCCCCAAAUCCGGCCGGCCACAGAAGCAAGAGGCCUCCGAAGAA